AUGCCCGACGACUGUCGUAAUUGUGUGGAGAUGGCUAGCAAGGAGGUUAUAACGGCGUGUCCAAGGGCAACACAGGCGUUAAUCUGGAAAGAAGACUGUAUGGUUCGUUACUCUGACCAGUCCUUUUUUUCUCUCCUAGAAGAAAAUCCCCACCAAGUGUUAUACAACUACGACAAGGCUACCGACGAUGCGGACAAUUGGGUUAAGUUGGUCAAUGAUACGUUGAGUGAGGUAGCUUCUACGGCCGCAGCUUCAAAUAAGUCCGGUAAUAAGUUUGCUACAAAGGAGACGUAUGUUUCGUCGUUGAACAAGCAUUUGUACACUUUGGCUCAGUGUAAUCCCGAUUUGACAACGGAGGAUUGUAACAUGUGCUUUCUUGUAGCUAAUUCUCGUCUUCAAGUUUGGCUUUCGCAUCGAGGUGGGAUCUUGUUAACGCCUACUUGUGCCAUAAGGUUUGAGGUUUAUGAGUUUUAUAACAAUUCUGGGUUAUGUCUUUUCUUUUUGUGA